GGGGGGGGGAGCAGUCAAUUGAGUGAGUGACCGUGAGCUGCUGAGAGUUUCAGUGUCACUUACUUCCCCAGAGGAGGAGGAAUUAACAUUGGAUGGACUUGGGGUGCGGCCAUCAUUUAACUCUUACUAUUGUGAAGAAGAGAAGAGGAAAGAGACCGACAGAGAAAAAAAAAGAGAGGGAGAGAGAGACAGAGAGAGAGAGAGUGUGUGAGAGCAAAGGAGAGAGAGAGAGAGAACAAAGCCUUGAAAGAGAAGCACAGACGAGGAAGUUGAUGUGAAAGGACGAAAGAGAGGAGGAAGAAGAAGAAGAAGAAGAAGAAGAAAGAAAGAAAAAAAAAGCCAAGAGAAGAAGAGACGGGAGUUGACUUGAGUUGACCCCCCGGUGUUGGGAGGAAAGAAAAGAAACUUGGAAACUUCUGGUGACAAAGGCUGUCCUCAGGCUCUGAGCUCUCACCAGUCCUCAGGGGUUUCAGGCUUGGAAAUAAGGCUUUUUUAUUGUGGAUUUAAUAUAUAUAGAGAGAAAUAUCUUUCUCUCUCUCUCUAUCUAUCUAUAUAUAUAUAUUUAUUUGCACACGCACAAACGUCGGCCGCUACUGGGUGUCUUUCUCAACGCAACUCCACGCAAAUCUCUGCUGUGGGAUUGUGGCAAUUCCUGUUGUGUUUGAAGUUGGGAACCUGAUGAAGGAGACGAGCGUCUGCAGCAGCACUGGUGGAGUGAGUGCCUGAUCAUGACGUCGAAGCGCAAUAUAUUUGGACGGUUGGUGCCAUGUCGCUGUCUACGAGGAGAAGAGGAAGCGGUCACUGUGUUGGACUAUUCACACUGCAGUCUGGAGCAAGUCCCCAAGGAGAUCUUCUCUUUUGACAAGACCUUAGAAGAACUUUAUUUAGACGCUAACCAGAUUGAAGAGCUUCCAAAGCAACUGUUCAAUUGUCAAUGUCUGCACAAGCUGAGCAUGCCAGAUAAUGACCUAACAGCAUUGCCGGUAUCCAUUGCAAAUCUCAUUAAUCUCAGGGAAUUGGAUAUCAGCAAGAAUGGCAUUCAAGAAUUUCCAGAAAAUAUCAAAAACUGCAGGGUCCUAUCUGUUGUUGAGGCCAGUGUAAAUCCUAUUGCAAAGCUACCGGAAGGCUUCACACAGUUACUAAAUCUGACUCAGCUUUACCUAAAUGAUGCCUUUUUGGAAUUUUUACCAGCAAACUUCGGAAAAUUAAUUAAACUGCAGAUUCUAGAGCUGCGAGAAAAUCAACUGAAGAUGUUACCAAAAACCAUGAACAGACUCACCCAGUUGGAGAGAUUAGAUUUGGGAAGUAAUGAGUUCACAGAAGUGCCUGAAGUAUUAGAACAAUUGACUGGACUAAAGGAAUUUUGGAUGGAUGGCAAUAGGCUUGCAGUGCUCCCUGGGUUCAUUGGCAAAUUAAAGCAGCUGACCUACUUGGAUGUUUCCAAAAACAACAUAGAGACGGUUGAUAAUGCCAUAUCAGGCUGUGAGAACCUGCAGGAUCUGCUGCUUUCCAGCAAUGCACUCCAACAGCUACCUGAUUCUAUUGGUUCUCUUAAGAAAUUAACUGCACUCAAGGUGGAUGAAAACCAGCUGAUAAAUUUGCCAGAUUCAGUAGGAGGGCUUUCAUCUUUGGAAGAAUUUGAUUGCAGCUUCAAUGAGAUUGAAACCUUGCCAUCUACGAUUGGACAGAUACAUAAUCAGAGAACAUUUGCAGCAGAUCACAAUUUCAUAACAGAACUUCCUCCAGAGAUUGGUAAUUGGAAGAAUGUGACUGUUCUAUUCCUUCAUUCCAACAAAUUGGAAUAUUUGCCUGAGGAAAUGGGCCAGAUGCAGAGGCUGAAAGUCAUUAAUCUCAGUGACAACCGACUGAAGAAUCUGCCAUUUAGUUUCACUAAACUACAGGAGUUAACAGCAAUGUGGCUGUCUGAAAACCAGUCCAAGCCUCUUAUACCCCUGCAGAAAGAGGUGGAUUCAGAUACACAGAAACAAGUGCUCACAAACUACAUGUUCCCUCAGCAACCCAGGACAGAGGAGGUAGUGUUUAUCUCUGAUAGUGAAAGCUUCAAUCCUUCUCUGUGGGAGGAACAGAGAAAGCAAAGAGCUCAAGUGGCUUUUGAAUGUGAUGAGGAUAAGGAUGAACGAGAGGUACCGCCACGGGAAGGUAACUUGAAAAGAUAUCCUACGCCCUAUCCUGAUGAACUCAAAAACAUGGUUAAAACUGCGCAGAAUGUUGUGCAUAGGUUAAAGGAGGACGGAACGCCAGAUGAUUCUGGAUCUGAAAUGAAGCAUAAUGAUGACCGAUCAAGUGCAGUAAAAAGUGUCGGUGUGGAGGUAAUCGAGUCUCAUGUAAUACAGAAUAAGCCACCAGAAAGUAUUGAAUUCAGUGUGAUGGGAAACUGUGUACAGAAAACCACUGAGCCAGACAUGAGUAAUGACUUUAUAGAUACAAAAGCAGAUGUGCAAGAUAAGAAGAAUGUAAAUGAAGCCAUCAACCAUGAAGAUGUGCUUGAGCAGGAUUCUGAAAACACUUCAUCCGAUGAAGAAAUGCGAAUGGCAGAGUUGAGGCCACCUUUGACAGAGAUACCAAUCUUUCAGCCGAAAAUUGUGGCACUGAGUAAAGAGAAAAGAGAUGAUGCUGAUUCUCUACUUGAAGAUAUCAUUCCAAACAGUAACCAGAACAACAGUAAUUGUUCAUCACCAUCCAGGAUAUCGGAUACAGUUUCUCUCAACACUGAGAGCAGUCAGGAGACCUUGCACUCGACCCCUAAAAUCAGCAUCACAACUAAAAGGAGCAAUGAGAGCAUUCUUACUGAAACCUCUCCACUGCUGCAAAAUGGAACUAGGUCAAGCACGCCACUUCAAGGAAAUGUGAAGAGUCAUGAGAAGGUUGAUUCCUCUGUGGGGAAACCAGAAGCCAUUAAAUUGUCUGGGUUUGAAUUCAACAUUGAAGAAAAACGGGCUCUUCUGGAGAGAGGAAUUGAUUUGAGAAAUAGCACAGAGGAGUACCAGAAAUGUCCUCAGAUUGGUAUGAAUAAGAAUGAGCUCACUGUAGACGAUGGAGUUCAGAGGUUAGAUACAGGAACUACAUCUAAAAGUAGUGUUGAUGGAAGUAUGAAGAUCUGUGAACAAACAUCAAGAUGUAAUUUAAAAACUAAUGGGCUGCAAAUGAUGGAACAUUUAAAGAAUGGAAAUGAAGAUCCUAUUACUUACCCUCAAAGUCGAAUAAAUGGACGUCCAGAGGAAAUUGAAUCAUUCCAAGUUCAGCUUGAUCAAGAAAAACAAUCUUCACCUAGUCUGUCUUCCAGUGUAGAUACAGCUAUGUCUAGGAGCACCGAGGAGUUAUCCCCCCAAAGAGAGUGCCCUGUAGGACCAGUUGUUAAAUCUCACAGUGUAACAAACAUUGAAAUAGGUGGGUUAAAAAUUUAUGAUAUGAUCAAUGACAAUGCACCACAUGACCAAAGCAUAAUAAAGAUGCCGAUUACAGCAGGUCAGGGGCAAAAUAUAGUUCGUAGUAAGUCAGCCACUCUUCUGAAUGACCAGUCAUUGCAACCAUUUUCUGGAAAUUCUGCUUCAUCUUCUGAUCUUUUGACAUGCACCAAAACAGUAUACAAAUUUGAUCAAAAUUUUAACCCUCAAGGCUUCAGUUUAAAGAGAGGACCAAUGCCUGCUGCACAGAUGCCCCCCGUACCACAGUACAAUGUGCAGUAUAGCAGCAGUGCAAUCACCAAAGAUAACGUGUGGCCACAGAGAUCCCAGAUUCAAACCGAACAGGGCAAUUUGGCACCCCUUCACCUUCAGAGGUUGGAGAGUGUUGACAAUGCCAAUUACGCGAAGCAUUCUGCAAACAUGAAUUACUCUAAUCGCAAUAAUGCUCAGUCUAAUGUGUCUUACAAUGUGCAACCUAGAAUGGGACCUCGACAAAUUGAAAUGUGGGGAUAUCCACCAAAUGAGAGAUUGGUUCCAACUAAUCAAAGGUCCACUUUGCAGAGACAGAGCAGUGUCUCGUCCACUACCUCUGUUAGCCUUGCUGAUCACUCCAGGAGAGUUCCAAUACCUGAAGGGGAUUAUUUGACCUAUAGGGACAUACAUACAAUUGGAAGGAACCCCCAGAUAUUUCAGGGCUCACAAAGACCUCUUUCUGCAAGGACGUAUAGUGUUGAUGGUCCGACGGCAUCCAGGCCUCAGAGUGCACGCCCUCACAUGACUGAUGCUCCUGAGAGAACAAUGUCAGUAAGCGAUUUCAAUUACUCCAGGACUAGUCCCAGUAAAAGACCAAAUUUGAGAGUGAAGUCCGAACAUUCACUUCUGGACACUCAGGGGACCAGCAAGGUGCCAUCUGACUGGAGAGAGCAAGUCUUGCGUCACAUUGAGGCAAAAAAAUUAGAAAAGAGCAUGCUGUCUAGAUCGUAUAAUUUCAGUAAUGCUGCUUUUAGCAGCAUACACUCUGGAAGCUGUAGGGAACUGCAUAACAGCCAGGGCAACGUUGCCUUGAGUGUUGCAGACGGAAGGAAUUCUGGAGUGCACAUGCUUCGCUAUCCAUCACAAGCCAACAGCAUUGGGGAUCCCAGUCAAGAUGAUGUAUUUGGUACUGGACAGCAGAAUUACUCAUCUGGCACGCUAAAUCUCAAGGACAUUUCUCUAGAUGGCAUGAGAAAAGUGUCUUUAACAAAUGGGCAGAUGUACCAGUCUUCAAGAGCUCCAAUGAAUUACAAUCAACCACACCAUACUCAUCCCCAAGCAAAUGUUGUGAGACAUCCUUCCAGGGAGCAACUGAUUGACUACCUAAUGCUAAAAGUUUCCCACCAACCUCCAUACUCUCAAACACAAAGUGCGCCUUCAAACUAUUCUAUGAGACAAGCCCAUGAUAUCGUACAGCAGGAGAUCCGCAUUAGAAUAGAUAAGAACCCAGAGUUGGGUUUCAGUAUAUCUGGAGGUAUUGGAGGUAGAGGAAACCCCUUCAGACCUGAUGAUACAGGAAUAUUUGUGACCAGAGUGCAGCCAGAAGGACCAGCUUCAAAAAUGUUGCAGCCUGGAGAUAAAAUCAUUCAGGCUAAUGGGUACAAUUUCAUUAAUAUUGAACACGGGAAAGCAGUUUCACUACUAAAAACCUUCCAGAAUACAGUGGACUUAAUUAUCCUGCGAGAAAUUGCAUCCUAAAAUUGGAAAUCUUGGAUAAAUAGAAGACAUCGACAAGUUUAAUCAGUUUUUUAAAAAAAAAGCAAUUCCAUAGCAAAAAAAUGCAACUAAUAUCACUUUCUAUUGGACGGAGGGGGAGGGAACAAUGGACUGGUAAAAUUGCCAGAUGUAUUUAGCCUGUAUAGUAAUGCAUUGUAGAGCUUUGGUAUAAAGGGCACAACCACUCUGUGUAAUAGUAAGGGUGUGGAUGCGAGAAUUGGGAUAGGUUUUAGAAGCAAACAUUGCGGGGUUGAAAGUUAAUAUAGUAAACAUCAAAAUCACUCUAAUAUGAACAAAAAACCUGUGUGCUUUUCUGUACAGAUUCUAGGUUUUAUUUUUGGAUAAUCUUAUACAUUACUAAAUGAAUUGUACAAGGCCAUAGUACUGAUUUUUAGCUCAUGGACAGGUGGCAGGGCUAUCUGUUCCAUAGAUGUAUGCCUUUAUUUUUAAUCACCUUUGUAUAAUUGACAAAUGCUGAAACCACUGGGGUAGAUGUACAGGAGCUGUGAAAUGGGGAAAUGGAUAUGUGAGCGUUGUUUAGACGAAUGUGUAAGUGAAUGGUUUGAGUUUUACAACUAAGUGACCUUGCUGGAGCAUGUGGUAGAAUUGAAUACAGAGCUAGGUUACCAAAGUAAUGUGUGAAACUGGUUUAAUGAUGGAGAAUAUUUUUAUUAUGAGUUGGAUUGGGAAGGGAAGGGUAUUUUAGACCCGUUUGUUUGAGAUGGUAUAUUACUAUAAGGGUGUUCUGAAUACAUAAAAUGUGAAUUGGAUUCUUAAAGAAGUCUAAUUAAAGGGUUUCUUAGUGCUUUUACAAAGAUAGACAAUUGUGGUUCUGCUGCCUUUCCUGUCCUACUGUAUGAAAUGUUAUUUUAUUACACUUGCUGUUACUUAGUGCAUUUGGCCAACACUUAAAAUGUUUCUAUCUUUACUGUAAUAAUAGAAUUAACAAUAGUGAUACAUAAUGAUCAAUGUGUAUCAUGCUAAAAGUGCCAUAGUAGACCAGAAACUAAAUUUUUAAUGUUGAUUCAGUGAUUUCAACUGUGCAGAGGAGCAAUACAUAUAUUUAGACUUUGUAUGGAGAAAUCUGGUUUUGUGAAUUUGGUGUUGCGCUUUCCAAUUAAAAUUUCAGUCCCAAUAAAGCACCUGUACCAGCAUAAUGUUAAUCAGUUGACUACCCCUAAAAUAUUCAAUUUAAAUACUAUUUAAAGGAACCCCUUUAAAUACUCCACACUGACCAUGAAGGCUAUUUUCCCAUUUCCCUCUUGUUGGAACAGAAUCUAUAAAGAAUUUUAAGGGUUUAAUAAAAAUCUCUUUAUGUAGCAAAAAAAAGAUACUUAUUACUGUCUUGCUAUUUGUUCUCUGUAUGUUGCAGCAGUUCAUAACAACAGCUUCAAGUCAAUCACUGAAAGCAUUGUGUUGUGGUAUUCCCUUUAAGGUAGUACAGUUUUAGCACAAAUUCUAUAAUAAAUUUUUAACAUUUCAUUUAAUCUAUGAAUCUGCUUUUCAAAAUUCAGUAGCAUUUUUUUUAAAUAGUGUCUUUUGUUUGACCUUAAAGGGAAUAGUUUUGUUCACGUCUGCAAAUAAUGUAACAGACAAUAUAUUCAAUAGAAGUAAAUUAAUGUUGCAACCGCUCAUAAUGCAUUCAUGUUAAUCACAAAGGAUGGUUAACACUGUUCCCUACAUUUUGUAUGUAUGGCAAACCUAAUCUUGUUAAAUUGCAAUAUCCAUAGAUUGCAAAUAUAGUGACCUUGCAAUGCCGGUUUUAUUGUUUGUUUUUAAUUUCUAAUUUAAGUCCUGAUUUUUCUAAGUGUGAAAACUGUUUUAAAAUCAUUUUAGUGUUUUGUUUAAACUUGUAGGGAAUCAUGUUGUUCAGUUGUCUGCUAACAUUGUAAUAGACCAAAUAUGUUCAAUAAGAGUAAAUUAUUUUUUCAGUGAAUAGCCUGUAUCGGUGAGCAUGGCAGAUUCUUUUGAGCUAAAUUGAAUUUCAAAACCUGGCUGAUUAUCACAGAAGUGCCCAUUUUGAACCUUUUCAUGUUGUGUGCACACUGUUCAUUGAAUUGUUGAUCAAUAAAGAAGAAUAUCAGUGGGAAUUGAACAACGUAAUUCAGGUCAUUUUAAACCAUCACAUGCAGUCAGUGUGUCUCACGUGGUCAGAUUCAAUGAUAACCUGAUACAUUAUCACUGAGUGUGAUUUUUAAAAAAUAUAUAUAUAAUCUGGGAAAAAGGAAGCCAAAUUUAAAUCUGUGUUAAUACUUCAGGUGAACAGGAACUGUAAAAUGAGGACAAUAAUGAGAUCAACUAGAUGGUUGCAUAACAUAACUACUUUUUUUUAAAAAUCCCUCCGGAGUAAUAUUUGCACUAUUCUGUUGAUCCAGUUAAUAUGGUGCAAAUAUAGAUUAUUCCUACAUUUGACAGACGCAUAUUUACUCUGAAAUGUUUUUGCAUUUUGUUUUCUAUCAAAAGCUGAGGAAGAAUAAUUAUUUCCUCGACAGAAGGCAGUUGUGCUUUAACUCCUGCUGGAUCAUUUAAGAAUGUAGGAACAGAAGGGAGCCAUUCAGCCUAUUGAACCUGUUCCAACGGUUUGUUAAAUCACAACGGAUCAUUUAAUUCCAUUAUCCUGCCUUUUUUCCAUAUCCCUUUAUAUGAUUCCUGAGUAUCUACCCAUUUAUAACUGCCUUUUCAACCCCUCAAUUAAUUCUGUAACUUAUGAGUAAGUUGCAAUUCAACUGUUUGUGAAAGCAAACUGAAAGUCUUAAAAACAAUUCCCCAUAUUUAUUAUGUUAUUUAUUUAGACGGUUUCUUGUGGACUGGAUUUUUCUUCAAAAAAAGUGUAUAUACUGUACUUGGAACAUGUCCCUUUGAUUGCAACAAAUUUGAAACAAACCAGCAGUAACCACUGUACUUAACUCUGUCCCUUAUGAUCAUGCUGUGUUCCUGAUGUAUUUUGAACAAUUGCCUUUACUUUGAGCAAGUCUGUAACAAUGGUUGAAAAGAGCUGCAUUUAUUCAACAUUCCACAUUUUGUAUAUAACUUGAUGGUUUCUGGGGUAAUCUAUGGUGUAUAGGGUAAUGAACUAAUUACUCUUCUCAAUUUGAUUAUUUUUCUUUGUAUAAUUUUAGUUUUGAACUAAAACAGUAUGUCAUUUCUGAAAUGUGAAAUUUUCAAUGCUUAUUUUCAAUCAAAAUCGCUGUGUAUCCCGCUGGCAACUGAAACUGAUUUAUAAAUUCACUCACAUUUUACAACAAUGCAAACAGCUUCUAUCUGUUACUAUCAUGGUUUAUUAAAAACAAUUCAAAUCA